UGUCUUGUGUGUGUAUGUGUGUGUGUGUCUGUCUGGGGGCAGCGCUGAUCUUCCUAAAAGUUCAUACGCUCUUAACGCGAACGCGCAGCGAGAUUCUGUGACAUUCAACUGCUUACUGCUUCAGCUCCACUGACCUGACUGGACUCUUCACACUUCACCUGCGAGAAGAGAGGGAGAGAAGGUGUUCAGAUCUCUUAUAGCCUACACAGAAGUGCGAUGGAUUCGUGGAGAAUCGCAGCUUUGCUCCUUGCUGCCUGCCUCAGCGCGUCAACUUCAGACCAGUUCGAUACGGAAUGUUAUACAGCAAAUGGAGAGGACUAUAGAGGCAGACAGAACCAGACCAGCCUGCAAGGGGGGAGGCCGUGCCUUUUCUGGAACGAGACUUUCCAACAUCCAUACAACACCCUCAAAUACCCCAAUGGUGACGGAGGCCUUGGACCCCACAACUUCUGCAGGAACCCAGAUGGAGAUGUCCGGCCAUGGUGUUACAUCGCAGAUCUUGAAGACGGAAUCUACUGGAAAUACUGUGAUAUUCCGACCUGCCAAAUGUAA